CGUGCAGAAGUCGUGCGCGAGCUCGGAAUUUAAAUUUGAAUUUAAAUUUAAACUGAUGACGGUUGAAAAUAACUGUCAGUUUGUCUCUCGUCAGGCUAACUGCGGUACCACCGACUCGAACUGUUCUAUGUUUUUAUUUACUUUUUUAUUUACUUUUAUUAUUAUAUAAAUGUCCGCGUGUGUUGUAAACGCUGCAUUUGACACUUCAGACUUGGAUGUCGACGUCUCGGUGGCGGAAUAAUCCCAGUCGAAGAUGAUAGCAUCAGCUCUAUUGUUUCAAGCUAAGUGUUUUGGAGCUGAGCAGGCCACAGCCGGGUUUAUGUUAACCGCUUUAACAUGAACAAUACUGACAUUUAAACAGGAUUAUUAGAUAAAGGAGAGGAGAGGAGAAUGCGCGGGCAGGUGGAGUACAGUCCGGUCGGUGAGGGACUCGGGAUGCGCGAGUACUGGUUGUACGCGUGCAUGCGCAAAGUCGCUCUCGUGGCCGCGCAUUGUGUCACACUUGGCUUUACUCUACUUAUUGGCAUCCUGUCCAGACCUGCCACAAGUCACUUUUCUUGGCACCCUCUCUGCAUGGUUCUAGCGUUCUGCUUGUGUAUGACGGAGGGGAUUCUGCUCUUUUCAGCUGAGGGGACGCCGUGCUGCUUCAAAUCCCGUAAAGGAAAGAUCCGCAUGCACUGGAUCCUACAGGCGCUUCUGCUGGUGUUUGCAGCCACAGGCCUCGGCUUCAUGGUGGUUCAUAAGAACCUGUCGUCUCACCCUCACCUGGCCACUUGGCACGGCUUGCUGGGAGUCAGCACACUAGUGGCCACUGUGCUUCAGAUGUGCUGCGGUCUGUGCCUGCUGUUUCCCCAACUCGUACGCACUGCUCCUGUGCCCCGGCUGCGCCUCUAUCACGCUACCUGUGGCCUCAUGGCCUACCUAUUAGCCACCGUCACUGUCGUGACAGCCAUGUUCAGCGACUGGUUCCAGGCCACGAUAAAAGGACCCAUGUGGUACGUCUUUCUGGUCCUGCCACUGAUCCCUGCACUGGUGGUGAUGAACCAGAUCACGAAUGCCUUUCUGCCUAGGAAAAAGUUAACAAUGUGAAACAUAAUAUGCACAAACGAGGAGCGGGGGAUUGUUGGAUCAGGAAUAUCAACUGCACUCGAAGCCUGAUGCUGAUAAAUCUCCAGUAAAGAUUUACUUGCACAUUUUAUAAGAAUGUUUAUAUUUCUGUAAUAAUGCGGUACUUUAGCGUGUGUGUGUGUGUGUUUGUGUUUAAGUACAAAAACUAUACAGCUGUACAUUAACUGCUGUACGGUGCUUAGAAUAUUUUAUUUUUGCAUUGUGAUCAUAGGUUAAAUGUAAACAAGCAAGCUUGUAAAUACCGGGCAAUAACUGUAUGUACUGUAAAGCAAUAGAAAUUACUUUUUAUAACAUACUUAAAUUGACAUCCACAGUGUGUUCCAAUAUAGUUUGUGUUUGCACUUUGUAGUUGAACCACAAAUGCAAAAAUUUGCUACGGGGUGGAAAUUACUUUAAACUGACCUGUUUUAAUACAGAGCAUUUAUUACUGUUUUAUUUUAACAUUAAUUUUAAAAAGUGUACUUGAUAUAAAAGCUGCUUUUAUACAUUUUUAACCGUUUUUCUAGAUACUCUACUUUUCCUUUAUACAAACUGUAGGCUAAUAAUGUGUGGGUGUUGGUGGGUGGGUGGGUGGAGAGAUGUCUGUACAGGACGAAGUGUCUUUAAAGCUGCUUUGGAUCACUAGAUGGAUGAAACUACUGGAAAUCAUGUUGAAUUGAUAAACAGGAAAUUAUUUAAUUGUCUCUGCUUGAUUAGUACCAAGGACUUUACAAUAUGUGCUCAUUUUCGCUUCCAUUUAAACACAGUGCAAUAAAGUCUGGCGUGUUUGGUUUGAACCACUGAAUAAUUUU